UCUUAUAAUUUUCUUUCAUAUUUAGUACCUACUGCCACUAAAAUAUCACUUGGAGAAAACCACUUAAUUAUUGAGAGCAGCAAUUUAUUUUCUUGUAGUUUUGAAAUAAAUUGUCAGAGUUUCACAUUUUUCAGUUAAAUUCAACCAAAUAAUCCUAAAUAUGAAUCGAUCUCUGAAGAGACGAGUUACCCGCCCAGCCAGACAGCAAGGGCCUGAGCUUGAAAAUCACUUUCUUCUAAGGCUUCCUCAGCCCCAAGCUGAGACUCUACGAGAGCUACUGCGCUCCAAUCAAAGCAGCAACAUCAAGGACCGACUGAGCAUCCAACUUGAUUAUUCAGCUGACAACAAUGAUAUGCGCAAUGGAAUCAUUACAGUUGACACAAUAAUGUACAAGGCAAGGCUUGUUGAUCUGCCUACAAUUAUUGAGUCAUGGAAGACAAUCGAUAACAAGAACUUCUACAAAACAGCUGACAUAUGCCAGGUGAGUGUUUUGAAGAUUAACAUCUUAAUCCUGGAACUGCCUGAAAUAGAGAAGGAAGUGAAGCGUCUGCUGCGUGCGGAUGAGGAAGCCCUUAACGUCAAGUGGGAGGUGCUGAGGGAGGAUGAAGACAAGCUCCCCAUGGGCGGGGGUAGUGGGGAGCUGAUGAAGGAGGGGACGCACAAGCAGGCAAUGCAGCACGACCGCAGGGCUGGGGCCUCCUCUGCCGCUGCCCGGGGCUCUCAGAACAUCCAUGCUAAUCUUGACGAGCAACUGUUUGGGGAGAUGCUGAGCAGCUCAGAAGAUGAAGUUGGUCCCACCAUUAACAUCAUGGAUGAAGACGAGGAUUCCAGGUUCUCUGUGGAGGACUCCAGACUGUCGGAGCAGUUCAUGGAGGUGACGAACAGCCCCAUGACCAGCCAGAUGGCAAGGGCUUAUGCGGGUGACUCAUCCCAUCCUCUCCCCCUUGCUUCCUACCCCGGCCACCUCCCUCUUCCUCCUUCUGCUGUUAGCAUGGACCAGCCUUACCCCACGGAGUUCAACCCGUCCAUGUUCAGCGGUGAGACCAGCACAAGCUCCACUUUCUAUCAGGGUGCAGACGAGCCACCCUGCUACCAAGAGCUGAGCAACGCCGGGACCUACGGACGGUCGUUCGACGAGCCCUACGACGUCCCCGAGUCUGGGGAGACUGCUGGUGCUGGUGCUGGAGAUGGUGCUGCUGCUGGGGAUCCUACUGCUGCUGGUGAUGCUUCCAUGGUAUCUCAAGGGGACGACGAUGGUGCGCUAGUCAGCACCGAUAGCAUCAGCAGACACUCGUGUCAGUCCGCAGACACACACGCCUCCAUCAGCAGACACACACGCCUCCGUCAGCAGACACACACGCCUCCGUCAGACACACACGCCUCCGUCAGCAGACACACACGCCUCCAUCAGCAGACACACACGCCUCCGUCAGCAGACACACACGCCUCCGUGCGCCGCAUCCGCGCGUCGCUGGGUCUCUAA